AUGAUCAUGCUCCAGAUGGAGACCACACCAAAACCAUGCCCUUCGAGCACUGGCAUUGCAACAUACCCACUAUCUGAUUUGGACCUGCUCAUGAGGAAUUUCAUGACGCCCGCUUGUCUGAUUUAUCCCUUGGAAGGCCAAGACGCGGCCACUCGAAGUGCGGUAGUGGAGACGCUUCAACUUGGACUUCAGAAGACCUCCAUGCAGCUCCCUGUAUUGACUGGACGAGUCGUGCAUCCAGUAGGCCAACGUCCCUUUGUUCAGGUUGACAAGGCAAACGACGGCAUUCCUCUACUGGUCCGUGGGGCUGCAAACAUCUCACGGGAGCUUCCAUCCUACGAUGAAUUAAAUGCAGUGCAUUUCGCCUCUUACUGCUUGCCCUAUGAUCUUGUUAUUCCGACGGAAUUGUUCAGCUCGGCUGACUUCUCAACUGAGUCAGCCGAACAUGACCACAAUCUGCCAGUGUGUGGUUUCAAAGUCACCUUCAUUGAGGGAGGCGUAGUGAUAGGUGCCGCCAUCAAUCAUUUCGUCACGGGCGCCUUGGGAUUGGACCUGGUGUUUGGCUCCUGGGCGGCUAGUUGUCGUGGAUUUCUCACAGAAAUUGUAUUCGAUCCAGCACUGGUGACCAGUGGGCCUUCUGAGCCCAUACCAGACAUUCAGGCCUUGGAGGAGAACCUUAUUCGAAGAGGAGCCGCUAUCAAAACAACGUUUCAGGAUUCAACGAACUCACUGCCACAGUCCUCAAAGCACACAACUGCUUUGAUUGGGAUCUGCCACCCGGAACUCUUGUCGCUUCAAGUUGCGGCCAAGGGCAAAUACCCGCAUCUGGAUAUAUCUACCGGAGAUUGCUUUCGCGCAAUCAUGUGGCAAGAAAUAACGCGUGCAAAACGCAGACUUCCACGGUAUCUAGAUGCAAAUGAAUCGAAAUUCAUGCAGGCAAUUACCUAUUGCUGCAGCGAACGUCGCAGGACCAAGAUACCUUCAAAUUAUCUGGGAAACGUAGCAAUCUUUGCAAGAGUGAAACCUUGGGCUGCUGCGGAUGAGAUGUUGCUUAGGGAUGUGCUGCGCUGGACCGCCACUCUCGAUGACAUAACCGAAAGGUCCUGGGGCAGGAUGCCAUUCGGCAAACUGGACUUUGGUGGGACGAGCUGGGCACGAGUGAGAGCUUACAAGACUGCUGACUUUGGAUUUGGUCCUCCGGCAGCUUUUCGCAUACCCGAAGUGAACAUAGAGUGGUGCGUUGCCUUACCAAGGAGGAAAUAUGACAAUGGCACAGAGGUUGCAGAGGCGUGCGUGGGGCUACCAGAUGAUGUACACGAAGAACUGUUCCGCGAUGAAAGGUUCCGCAAGCACGCGACGGUUUAUCAGCUUCCCCGGCAGAAGUAG